AUGAAUAAUUACGAUAAUAUUGAUCUUGAAAUGGAAGAAUCAUUGUCAGUACGAGUAGAAGAACCAAUUCCUCGUAAGAAAAACACCGUAUAUUUAUGGCUUCGACGAAUCUUUACUUUGGAUGAUGAACUAAAUGAAAAGCAUUAUUAUCCAAUAUUUAUCAUCUUUGUAUCUGUUUUACAUAUUUCCAUUCAUCUCUUGAGAUACAUCAGCAGUCGUUCGAAAGAUCCAAGCUUAUCUCGUUUAUUAUAUGAUGUUGGAAAGCGUUACCUUCCAUGUAUGCGACCAGCAUCUGAUGAUAUUCGUCUGCGUAAAGUCCCAUGUGGAUUAUUGUAUCGAAAUAUUACAUGUAACUAUGAUGAUAUUCUUAGAAAGAAGUGUUUCUCUUUCAUGUAUCCACAUCAAUUAUGGCGAAUGAUAACUUCUAAUCUGCUUCAUGUGGACUGGUCACACUUAAAAAAUAAUGUGUCGUUAGAACUACUGUAUGGAAUUCCACUCGAACGUAAAUAUGGUUCAAUUCGUAUAGUUAUUAUCUACUGGCUUUGUACUUUGAGUGCUAGUCUAGCUUUUACGAUGUUACGUAGAAUCGCAAUCGGUAUUGGAGCUUCUGGUGCUGUAUAUGGUCUACAGUUUUUCUUCAUUAUGGAGCGUCUUAUGGCAAUCAAAACGAACACCGAUCAACGUCGUCGUCUUUUUAUAGUCAUACAGUUGCUCCUAUUGGCUGUAGUUCCGAAGCGUAUUGCGAUAUUCACAAUAGGUUAUCGUAAGGUUAGUAUAGGGCAUGCAGCUCAUUUUGGUGGUGGUUUGAUGGGUUUUCUUUUGGGUAUCGGUAUGUUUGGUUGUCCAUGGCCAUGGAAUAAUGAACACUGUAUUUCUCAACGAAUAUGUCGACGACUAACAAUUGUUUUUGUUUUUCUCUACUUUCUUAUGACUGUAACGAUUUUUUUUCUAAGAGAUGCUCCACCGGUGAAGGACAUUUUGUAUCGAUUCCACUGGUUAAAAUAA